AUGUCUCGUGCAAGAAAGCUCGCUAGAUUAUUACCAUUGGUUGAUGAACCAAUAAUCGAUAAUGAGGUAUCAUCAACUGACAAACUAAAUGAUGCUUCUAAUGUAGAUAUUGUAGAUCAAGUGAGAAAAAGUCGACCGAUUCCAUCACUUUUAAUACAACCUGCAGGGAUAAUGGCAACGCUUCCAAAAAUUCCACAUAAGCUUACACAGCCAGAGGAUCCAUGA